CAACCCUUACACUAAUUACAACAAAAUCAUUCCCAGGCAGCAGUGAUAAUAAUAAUGUCACCAACACUCAAAAUUCAUCCAGUUUAUACACUUAUAUUACUCCCGCAACUUAUACUUUUGGAAUCCUAUUUCCGAUUUAUUUUUUGCUUGCUAUUUUUGUUAUUUACCAAUGGUUUAUAACGGGCGAUGGGUACGACCUUGUUAUUGAUGGUGUUUCUUAUUACUUUAUUAUUGCUGCAGUUCUGAAUAUUGCUAUAGCAUAUAUAUGUCUUACUAUCGAUUUGUAUUAUCAUACCAGAGGGUUUUUUGACAAUCUUUUCAUUCGUGUACCAUUUUCUCUUUGGGGUGGUUUCGCUUUAUACACUACAAUUCUAUGUUUUUGGAUUGCUAUUCCCGCUCUUGAUACUGUUCUUCUAUCUGUUAUUGCUCUAGCUAUUUUAAUAAUUUUUGGUUUAUUAAUUGCAGAAUAUUAUCCAUUCGCCGAUUCUAAUUUUGCUAUUGCUAUUCUCUGGGUGUUAAUUGGUAUUGCUGAUUAUCAGAUUAAAGUAUUCCCUGUGCUUACUGUUGCUAUAUUAGGCUGCGGUUUGGUUACUGGUGGUAUUCUUAGAACCUCUUUUAGUGGGCUCGCAGAACAUAAAAGCA